AUUAUUUCACAUGACAUCGCCUCCUCCAGUUCGCCUCAACUGCAAACUAUUACAGGCAGGCAAGCGUGUUCUUCUAAUUAAGUCAUGGACGGGCAAAAAGAUGAUUUGAAAUGGUUCGGGGAAGGCUUUGAUGGGUUUCCAAAAAGGCUUCCGGAUGACUCUGUGGAAUAUACUCUUUUCAUCAUCAACACAUCAUUGGCACAAAAAGAAGUACUUGCUCGCCUCGAACUUGUUCGAAAGGAAGCAACGAAGCUGACAGGGGCUCUAUUGAAAGAUUAUAUAUGGCAACGAGAUGACUUCAACUUGAAGCUGGAGCAAUCGUCUGGAUUAAUGCACCUUCGCGGUCUGACAAAUUAUGGAGAUUCGGUCGAGGACGAGUGGUUGAUUGUGUACAUUCUCCGGGAACUCACCAAGCUGUUUUCAGACUUAUGGGUCAAAGUUGUUGAUACGGAUGGAGAAUUCCUACUCAUCGAGGCUGCAAACGCGCUUCCUCGUUGGCUCAAUCCAGAGAUUGCAGAUAAUAGGGUGUGGAUUAAUAACCAAAAAUUACGGAUCAUUCCUCUCACAGCCGCCACCACAGCGUCGGCCAACGCCAAAACCAGCCCUGUCUCGAGGCCUCUGACACUUCAAGAAGCCCUUGACGUAAUAAAGGACUCGCCAAAUGUUAUUAUAAACUCGCCUCCCGUGGAAACAGAAGCCUUUUUCCGUUUACGGAACUACCCAGCCCAAAUUUCCAACUCGAUGCACUCCGCGCUCACAAGGAUACCUCGGAAACUAGCCUUCAUCAUUCACAAUUGCCCUGCGGCUGUUGCACCCGCAGUUGAGGCGUUUUAUUUGAGAGACCCAAUAGGCCUAAAGCCCCUUGAUGGUCCUUCUUCGGGCCUGGUAUUCCCACCAGACGAUCUGGUUACUGUGAGCGUAAAGUUUACAAAGGUCCUCUAUGCUCAACUAAAGUCACAGCAAUUUGAAGUUCCACGAGCAUGGAAGCCAAUAUUCUCAGAGAACGAAACAAAAGCCAAGUCUGAUCCAGCAAAGUCGGCGGACUUGCCAAGGUUAGAACUAGGGAUGAAGAUUACCUCUGGUUUCGAAAUGUUGGUUACUGAUAGCAUUAAGCGCGACCACCGCUCUGUUCGCGAAAUGCAAAUAUUGAUAGAAGAUCUUUCCCAAGGAGAAUAUUUACCAACGGAUGCCGAAAUCAAAGGCUGGGCAAACAGCAUGAAAGAGGACGAUGAAAGUUGGCUGGAUAUCAACUUUGAGGAUUUUGAGAAGGAAUUGCAGGGUAAUAAAGGCGUGAGAAGCGGCACUGUACCUGAAGGGUCUGCUGGGCCAAGUGCGCCCUCUGGGUUUGGAGACGCGAAAACUCAGGAGGACUUGAAGAAGAUGGUGCAGCGCUUCGAGUCAUUUCUGAACGACGAUAAUGCCGGAGUAGAUGGGGCCGAGAUGGAUGAGAUGGAUUUUGACGACGAUGAUGAUGAGGAUGAUUCGGACGAAGACGAAAACGAAGAUGGAGAUAAGGAUGUUUCCUUUGAUCCCAACGAGUUUGCAAGACUGGUGAGGGAGAUGAUGGGGGUGCCUGCGGCUGAUCUGGGGGACAGUACGAAUGCGGCAAAAGGGAAAUUGCAGCGGCAGUCAAAUACCAAGGAUGAUUUCGACUCCGAUGAUGAAGAAGAGGAGGACGAGGCUGAAGAGAUUAGGAAGGUUAUGAAGAGAAUUGGCGCCGAGCUACGGGAAGCUGGUGCACUGGAACUCGAUCAUAAACCAAGGGAAACUGCAGCACUGCAGGGCGAAGCUUCGGGGGGAUCGAAAGGCAAAGACCUACUUGGAAAACAGGACUGGGAGGAUGAGAGCGAUGAAGAAGUCGACAUCGACUUCAAUCUGGCCAAGAAUCUGCUGGAGAGUUUCAAGAGCCAGGCUGGGAUGGCUGGGCCCGGCGGCAAUAUCAUGGGUAUGAUGGGGAUGAAACUUCCUCGUGAUGAGGACGAUUCACUGGCCGGCCAGUCGCGAUAAGUAGUUAAUUCCAAAUAUGAUCCA